CGUCCUAAACGGUCCACAGUGACAUAGCGCAUCAUAAUCAAUGGGAGAUGAAAGAAGUCAACUUCUCCGUUUCGAAACAAAUCAUUCGACAUUGGUCAGUGAAUGUGUGUGGUAGCAGUUCUCUAGUCGCGUUUAAUUUUAAGUUUCUAAAUUCAAUUCUUGUUUCUAUGUUAUCAGUUUUGCGUGUGAUUGAAUAGUGUGAAAAAUGCGACGCUCGAUUUGUUGCAUCUUAAUUGCACUGGUUGCAUUCAGUUUAAGUGUGCGGGGUUUUGAUGAUCCAAUUUCGGUGAUUGGUCGAAUUCGAUGGAAUUAUACACAGUACGAGGAGAAUUUGUGGACGCGACAAUUCAAAAACACCACAUUGGAGCAAAUCUACCGUGAUCACAAUCUAUUUAUUGAUACAAUCAAUAAAGUGCACGCGAGCACCGAUAGUUUCUAUCCAACGAUUAAUGAAACUGCGACCAAUUCGACAAAGAAAAGCGCACUUGUCGAUGCAUUUGUCAUAAAUCCAUACCAUGUGCCUGUGAUUAGUAGUGUGAUUCUGUCUAAUGCUCACGUUGCCGAAUAUUGGUCGAAAUUCGCCAACUGGUCGGCAUUCAAUGCUUCCAACAUGUUGGAAGUGCUAACAGAUGAUGCGAUACCAACAUUACAAACUUCCUUGGGUACAUUGUGGAAUUCAACCAAUACAGCGGUCUAUUUCGGUUUUCUCAAAAAUAAAUCCGAAUCAUGCACUGACACCGACCGAACACAAAUCGCUGUUUACAAACUCACCGAAAAAUACUUCAUCAAUACUAUUGUCGGCCAGUUGAAGGCUUACGUCAUGUUACAACUAUCUUAUCUAACCAGAGCGUCAAAGGAUUUCUUGCAAUUUCACAAAAUCGCACGCGAUCAGCGUGUCGGUUUCAACUAUCAAUAUGCAGCGUUCACGCAACAGAGCGAAAAUUUGAUGUGGAAUUUGAGUCGCGUUGUUUGGUCUUGUGAUAAUUUCAGCUCAAACGAUUCCUACACACAGUUGACGAAUUUUAUUCAGGGAUAUGUCGACAACCAGGUCAACUUGAACCCGGAUGGAUCGUGCGCUCCGUACUGCACCGACUUUAAAACGACCAAGAGUUAUGGAUGCAAAGAGGGAACGAUGUGCGCUGCAAAUUAUUUAGAUCACAAUAAAACACGAUGCCUGGGAACGAUCAGAGACUGUGACUAUUUUGGACCGUCAUUUUCACUCUGUCCGAAUGAAGAUGAUUCAGAGCUGAAUCGUCGUAUAGAUUUUGUAAAAUUGGCAUCGGGCAAGAUAUUGGGACCAGAAAAAUUAUCAUGCGACUAUUACGAAGCCAAGCCAUUCAUGUCAUGGUUGUUCACAUGUCGAUACUGUUUCUGCUAUUGCGAUGCUCCUGGCCCAAGAUCAGAUCGUUAUUUCAGUUUACGAGAAGUUACGUCGAACAUAACAGACAACAAAGUAAUAAGCGGCAUUCGCAUUGUAAAAAAGAACGGCAUCAUCCAUUUGACAGCCAUCGAGCGAACAUUAUUGGCACAAAAUGAACUAGAUCACAUAUUUGAAGUGGUAUCAAAUUACAAUUUCACGGUUAACGAUCCAGGUGUUCACGAUCAUUCCGAUUAUUUCACAAUGACAUACGACAAUCGGACAUUGAAUUUGGACACAAUUCUGGCUGCACGAGAUCAAUUGGUCACCGGGGUGAGAUUUCGCAUUCAUUCGGGCAGUGUUCAUCUUGAGGCACGGUUCACUUACUACGACGAGGCAACUGGGAAAUUGGACUUGUCGACGGCAAGCGAAUGGAAAAUGAACUCAAACGUCCAACGAACUGUAAUUUCAGUGGAACACACCGACGUUCCAACCAAAUCACAGACACAAACCAGAGCAAUGGGCACGGAUGACGGCAAUUCAGUUCGAUUUGCACCAACGGGCUGGGUUCGCGACAUGGCACAAACGACCGUUCCGUUCUUGGAUUCUAAUCUUGUUGAACCAUCGGAACUUGUUCCAUUGAGUGGAGUUGGCUUAUUUUUAAAGUAUCAACCGGGUCAUGGAGGGUACGUCGCACCGAAAUUGAUUACUCACGAUUAUGCAGCGGCUGCGAUGCGCAUUCGAGCAGCAGUUGGCGUUUAUGGCGUUUAAUUUUUUAAGGAACUUACAACUUUUCGCAUCACUUAAAAAGCAUUUUAAUUUCGAAUUUUAAAUCAAAUGCAUUUCAAUAAUAUGUAACCCAUUGUCUGUUGUUUUUAAAUAAUACUCACAAAAUAUUCAUUUCCCUUCAGGUAGAAUUCUCCAAAUGAAAAUCAUUCUUAAUCCAAUCCAAAGAAUCAUAAAAAAAAUAGCAAAAAUCUUUUCUUCUUAUUUUCAAGGAAUUGAUCGAAAUCGUACAUGCAUUUAUUGGUGGAAUUAUGAGUUAGUUUAAUUUUUUCACAAAAUUUGAUCAAUAUAGUUGGUUUUUAUACAAAAGAAACACGUGUAUAUGGAAGGAAAUCGGUUAAAAAAUAUAAAUUAAAAAUGUUGUUAGGGGAAAAAAUA